CCUGUUCUGACGGACGCUCCGGCAGUAACAAUGAUCGGGGACAUCCUGCUGUUUGGGACGCUGUUGAUGAACGCCGGGGCGGUGCUCAACUUUAAGCUGUGAGUAGGCCGCGUUGGACCGUGGCUCCAUCCGGGGGACCCGUAGCCCCGCCUUCGCGAGCGUGAGCACGCCCUACGCCGCCGGCCCCGCCCCCAGGUCCCAGCCCCAAGUUCCGCCUCCAACCGCGUCCAUCCUUUUGUGACUCUCCGCGCCGCCGAGAUUUGAACUCCGGACUCUCAGUUCCCCCGGCAUCCCUCUGCUCGCACCCAUGAGAGCCUCAGACACAUCCCCUGAGAAUCUCUUAGCCCUAAUCUGUACCCGAAGCCCCGCACCUGGUUCCCUCGAACCACUCCACCCCGUCGGUGGCUGCAGGCAUGGCUGUGAUUGGCUGGGCAAGGGGUGGCCCAGGGAACAUCACUGAACCGCUCAAAAGAGGUCACACAGCAAGCCAACGGAAAAAGAAGGACACGCAAGGCUUUGGGGAGGAGUCGAGGGAGCCCAGCACAGGUGACAACAUCCGGGAGUUCUUGCUGAGCCUCAGAUAUUUUCGAAUCUUCAUCGCCCUAUGGAAUGUCUUCAUGAUGUUCUGCAUGAUCGUGCUCUUUGGCUCCUGAGCUCCAGGUAUAGAACCGGAAACACACCUUCUCAGAGUGUCUCUUGCUCCAUUCCUGAUGACAUCAAGAAUGUUUCUGACCAGAAAACCAGUGACCUUCCCAGAAAGUCCAAGCUUGUGGUGGGUGGAAAAAAUGUUCGCCAAGAUGAACACAGUUUCCCAGCCACAUCACUGUUUUCUUUUCAAAGAUAUUUUCACUUUGAUCUCUGCCUUGAAAUGCUGUCUACUUAAGAGUUUGAAGAGUGUUUAUGUGAGGGGCCGUGGUAUCUAGAUUGUUUAAUCAGAUCAGAAUCCCUCUUCUACCAAACUUUCACUGGAAACCCAUUUCUGGGUAUUUCUUGGUUUAUUGUUAAUAACCAUCCUUUUUUGGUUCAAAUUAUACAGAUUUUUAAAUA